CGGAAGUGCUUAUGGUGUGUAUUGACAUUCGACAUUCGUCGGAAGUCAGUGUGGAAACAUGUAACACAAGAUAGAACCAUGUAGCAGAAUACAGAAAGCCUGCUGUUGUCUAUAGUUACAGUAGAUCGGCCCAUCCUUCGUUUCUCUGAGGUGAUGUCCAGGUAUUGUGGUUGUUGUGUGCUGGAUACACCAUAUGUGUGAAUGAGCUUACCGUCACUUGGCAUUGUGGAUCACACAUACAUGUACUAACCAAGACGUCAUACACCAUACUUUGAGCAUAUCUACAGACUACUUACCAAAUGAAGUCAGUCGGAUUCACAACAUGCCUAUACAGCAGAUCACUGUGCGGCCAUCUUUAAUCAUGAAGGAUCGAAAAAGUAACUCAAAUUGUUGUAAGAACAAAGAAGAAACAACAAAAGAGACCCUGCAGCCAGAUGCGCUGUCACCUCGGUGUAGUGAGCGGUGCGACUCACAGCUGUCAACCACCUCAUCAGGGAUGGACAUCUGUCGAAUCUGUCACUGUGAGUCUGAGGUCAACAACAAACUUAUCUCCCCUUGUCUAUGUUCUGGGAGUUUGAAAUUUGUGCACUUGAUAUGUCUCCAGAAGUGGAUCAAAAGUUCGGAGAAGAUCGAAUGUGAGCUGUGUAAAUUUCAGUACAUAAUGACAUCGAAGACCAAGCCAUUCGACCAGUGGGAGAAACUUGACAUGUCGUCAGCAGAAAGGCGGAAAAUCAUCUGUUCCGUGACAUUUCACAUUAUUGCAGUUACCUGUGUAAUAUGGUCGCUGUACGUCCUCAUAGACCGGACCACAGAGGAGGUUGCUACUGGUAACCUGGACUGGCCGUUCUGGACCAAAUUGAUUGUCGUUGCCAUCGGUUUCACGGGAGGACUUGUGUUUAUGUAUGUUCAGUGUAAGAUGUACAUUCAGCUGUGUGUUCGCUGGCGUUCGUUCAACAAGACGAUACGCAUCGAAAACGCACCAGAGGAUGAGCAUGUCCGUGCGAAUGAGGCAGCCAAGAUAAAGGUGCGCGAUGGACUAACAAAUACAAUUGCCAUGCAGGAGAUGGCAGCACUGGGUGCGGUCUCUGACAACACUUUGAAUUGUUAACGGAUCAUAAUUAGUAUAGUUUUAUAUAUUAUCUAUAUAAAUAUAUAUAGUUGCA